CAAUGGGCUUUAUUGAGUGCCGGACUAGUUCAGCUCAAGAUGUUGCCACACAAUGCGAAUUAUUGUUGGACAAUUAUCCCCAACCUACUCAAGAGUUUGAAAGGCAGUCUACAUCAGAUGCCGCCAUACAGUGCGAAUUAUUGUUGGAUGAUUUACACGGACCUACACGCGAAUUUGAUAUAACCGAUGUCGGGAGAAGACGAAGAUUUGUACGUUGUCUUUAUGGCUUGCUGAUGGUGAGCAAAGAUCUGAAUUUUAAGAAAUCUAAGUAUUGCAAAUUCUCACAAUUUAUUCGCACAACUGUCUUUCUGUUUCAGUUGCAGAUUGCGAUGAUCAUUCCCUGCUUGGAGAUAUGCAUUCAUUAUGCACAUAUACUAAUUGAGCUUCCUCUUCGCUUAGCAUAUUUCGUAUUUAUUAUCCUAUUGUACACCUGGCUGUAUAUUUAUCGCGACUGGCGACGUCGAGCGCCUUUUAACUACUUCAUAUACCUGCUGACAUUGAUCGCAAUGCCAAUUAGUACAAGUAUACAUCUGAUUUAUAUCGAUCAGACACGCUGGCUUCAUGCUUAUCCGUUGAUGAUCAUAGUCGAACUGCUCGUUCUCGUCUUAUACACCACACAGCAGAGAUUUAAAUUUAGUCAUGCCAUCGGCGUGCUUAUAAUAUAUUCGGUUUAUGGAUUGAUCCUGUUAUCGGUCUAUAUUUUUUUCAUACAAGGAUUCUUCCGAAUACUCUACUUUUAUAAGGUGACCUUUGAAGCCUGGUACAUUAUCUACGAUACCCGACAAAUGCUUUGUGGCGACCAUGGCUAUAAUCUUCAACCCGAUGAGUAUAUAUAUGCAGCUGCGAAUAUUCAUGCUGAUUUACCCAAAUUUCUAUGGGUAUUCGUCAGGCAUUUUGUUGUUGAUCCCAUAAGAAAUUUCAUAAAAGCGGUGCGACAAUCGCGUACGAAUAACAUUUGUUAA